AUUACUAUUUUUUGCUAGGAAAUGAGGGAUGUAAUACGAUGAUUAAACUACAAAUCAGCUAAAAAGGAACCUGCCAUGUGAAAAUGCCAAAGAAAACAAAAGGCUGCAAAAAGGGAGCAUCUCCUGUGAAUGAGUCAGCGGCCGGGAAGUUCGUACGAGAAUCAUUGAGCUCAAAUAAAGUGGUUGUGUUCGUCGGGACGGAGGACCCCUUUUCUAUCCGAGCACUAGCUGCACUCAGGAGAAGUGGUGUUAAGACGAAGGUGAUGAGUAGUGUACUGAUAAGCGGAUUGCAGGCGGAGGAAGAUAUCAGAGAUCACUUCCUCGAGGUAUCUGAUGGCAGAAGUUUACCAAGAGUAUUUGUUAACGGCAAGUUUGUCGGAGGAGCAAGUGAUUUGGAGUUCCUGGAAAUCACGGGCGAGCUGCAAGAUCUCUUGAAACAGGCUAAAUGCUAUAAACCUGUCAAACCCUUUUAAGAUACCUUAUUAACAACGUUUGGAGAUUGGAGUGGGGGUUUCUGCGAGUAUGACCAACGAGAAACUUCUUCAAGACGUCCGAUUAAUGACUUUUUUGUUGAUUGAUUUAGAAUUUCGGUGGGUUGUUUAAAUACGAUAUGCAUCCCAGUGUAUCCAUACUAAAUUUCAGAAAAUUUUCCAGUGCCUAAUUUCAAAUAACAUUAGAAAUAGUUAACAAUAAAUAGAUAUAAUACUUAUCCAUUAUCCAUUCUAGUAAACUUAUUAUUAUUUGCUUAAUUAAAGAUCCCGGAGUAUAGUCCUAGAGACGUUAUAGUCGUAGAGUACUUUAGAGACGUUAAAGUCGUAGAGUUCUUUUAAAGGGAGACAAUUAAAGUUUUUAUGUCAUUUAGAAAACAGUUUGCAAUACCUUAACCUUAAAAACUUUAUUUGCAAAAUCUUUACCUUUGGAUGAAAAUUUCAUGCUGCGAUUUUAGAAAAGGUUGUUUUGUUAUUGAUAUUUUUCAGGUUAACGUAUCGUAUUAUAGCAAUAUAAUUUGGCGAGGGUUUAUCAUUUUAUCUUAUGGUAUCUUGCUAAUAUGUUUAAGUCUAGUCUUGUAGUUAGGCCACUUUGAUCACGCCAUGAAAUAUACGUUUUGAGAGUUAUUGUUACUGCAUGACCAUUCAUGGUGGAAAUAUAAGGUUUAUACAAUGAUUAUAUUCAAGAUUUUAGAUAUUUUAAAGA